UGACGACCCUGCUUCAUCUGCUAUGAGCGACGGCCCCGGUUCCCCUUCCUCCCCCAUUGCUGAUGGCUCCGGCGCUCCUGCCGCCGUCGAUCUACCGCAACCACCACCUGCUUUCCUUCCGGCCGGCCCCGUCGCCGCUGUUCCUACUACCCCAGCCCCCACCGUCUCCCCUUCGGUGUUGCAAACGAUUGAAAUUCGCCGCCACAUCCCCGUCACCCUCGAUCUUCCCGCCGGCAACUACGCGCAGUGGCGCCGCCACUUCGACACCGUGAUCGGGAUGUUCAGGCUCCGCGACCACGUCGACGCCGUGGCCGUUCCUCGCUUCGAUGGCCAUGACUGGGCGAUGGCAGAUCAUGCAGUCGUUCACUGGUUGAACACCACGGUCGCGCCUGAUCUUCUGGACGUCGUCAUGGCGGACAGGGACAUCGCGCUCACCGUCUGGACGGCGAUCGAUGGCAUCUUCCGACACAACCAUCUCGCGCGGGCCGUCUACGUCGAGGCCGAGUACCACGCUGUGGUGCAGGGCGACAUGACAGUCAUGCAGUACUGCACCAAGCUAAAGACGUACGCCGACCAGCUCCGCGACCUCGGCCAGCCGGUGACGGAGUCGCGACAUGUCUUUCAUCUCCUGCGCGGCCUCAACCGUCAGUACCAUGGCGCCAUCCCCCACAUCAUAUCGCAGUCACCGCUGCCCUCGCUCCUCCAGACGCGCUUCUUCCUUCUCAUGGAGGAGCAUCGUGCCGAGCAAACCGCGCGUCUACAGGGCAUGCACGCGCUCGUCGCCGGGCGUGGCCCUGCUUAACCACCUGCCCCGGCCCCAGCCGCGCCUCCGGCUGCGCCUGACGUCAACAACGGUGGCCGUGCACGUGGCGGGCAUGGGUGUCGCUGCGGACGCGACAACGGCCCCGCUGGUGCGCCCCUGCCAGCGCCGCCCCAGUGCGUUACUGGCCUGCCCGUUCCCGCAUCGGGCGCCAACUCCUGGACCGUGCUUGUCCAGGCCUGGCCCAUGCCGUGGCAUGCCCCUGGCUCUGGCGUGCUCGGUCCGCGCCCCGGCACGCCGCACCAAUAGGCCGUGUAUGCCGCGUCGUCUCUGCUCGCGCCCGGUGCGCCUGGCUACCAGUACAGCUACGCGCCGCCGGCAGUCUACACCAACACACCUCCAAGCGUACCGCAGCAGCAGCCCCUGGACAUGCACUCCCUCCAAGCCACGCUUCACAGCGCCAUGGCCGGACCGUCGUCCUCAGGGACCUCCUCCGAGUGGUACAUGGACUCUAGCGCGGCUGCACACAUGACUCAUUCUCCUGGUACACUUCAUUCCGUCCUCCCAAGUGGACCUCCAAACCCGGGAGGUGAUCCCGUGUUGUGACUCCACCGGUGAUCUGUACUCUGUGACAACGGCCCGUGCCUACACUCCGCGUCCAUUCGCCUGCGUCGUCACUACUUCUCGCCUGCAUCAGCGGCUCGGACAUCCAGGGGCUCCGCAACUCCAACAUGUCACUAGCUGCUCUUCGUUUAGCUUCAACAAAUCCGCGCCGCAUCCCUACCAUGCCUGUCGUCUUGGCAAGCACACGCGCCUCCUGUUUUAGAGUCGCUUAGUUGUAGUUAUUUUCCUUUUCAGUUGCUUCACCUGGAUAUAUGGACCUCCCUGCAUCUAGCAUUUCUGGGUAUCAAUUUUACUUAGCAAUUCUCGACGAUUACACACAUUACGUCUGGACAU